GCCCCCGCCCGUCCCCUCCGUGAGGGUUCCCUGGGAGUAUCCCCCAUGAGGAUUGAGGAUCCCCCUUGAGGAUCGCCUGUGCUCGUGAGGGCCUCCCGGGAGGGAUCGUGAUACAUUUCUUGAGUUGGCUGCCACGGACGAGUGUCUGCCGAACCGCCGGGUACCUCCAGGUUGUGGCGGAGCUGUGCCGGUGGAUGCAGCAGCUGAGCGCGCCGGACCCCGAGCGCGCCGCGCUCUCGUGCGAGGACGUGAGGAAGCUGUUCGACAUUAACCUGGAGGGCCCCGCGGCGCGGGCGCUCGCCGUCGACGUGAAGGAGCUGGGCUGCGUGCCGCCCGCCGUGGCGGAGGACACGAACGCGCCGCAGCAGUCCGUGCUGGCCCGGGUGCGCGCCGGGGUGCGCGCCGACCUCCGUGCCGAGCUCCGCGCCGCGGCCCGGCCCCUCAGCACGCACGCGUUUGGGCGCAGCAUCCCCGUCGGGGACCCCGGCCGCUGGCGCGCCUCCAAAAGCGACACGUGCGAGCGCUGGCGCCAGGACCGCGUCCCCACCGAGCUGGUCACCAUGGAGGAGAUCUUCGGCGGCGUCACGCACCUCAAGGUCACGAGGGACUUCGUGGACUACCUGCGGCACAAGAGGACCCCGCUGCCGCCGUGCCUGCGCUCCGGGCAGCUCGGCGCCGCCGCCGUGGGGGCGGCGGGGGCGGGGCGCAGCGGGGCGCGACACCUCGGCGGCCGCUAGCGCGGGAGCGGGGGACUUGACGACCACGUUUGUGAAAGCUGCAGUGAAGCGGGGAACACGUGAACGAAUAA